CGCACGCACGAACACACACACACACGGACACAAACCACACACAUGCUGCACACUCUAGCACAAAUUUGAAUCAAAUACAGACAGACAGAACAUGAACAUACACACAAACGCACACAUUCAUGUCUAAGGAUUUUUUGUAAUUCAUUUACAGUAUCAUCUGAAUGGUGUUUGGCUGUGUGCGCAACAUGCAACAUGACUCACCCUCUCUUCCUCAUUACACCCUCAGCUUCAUUUGGUCUUAAAUUUCCACCUCCAUUUGUUUGACUCGUUCAACAACAUUAAAGUACUUUGCCUUGUUUUGACAAGUGAAAAGAAAAGUCUGUCAGACACUUCAGAGCUAGAAACCUGCUACGCGAGGCUACUGGAAAACUAGUGAACAUUUUAAAAUCAUGGGCAAACUGUCUGUCCUUCUUUUUGUUCAUUCGUUUUCCACCAUUGUCAACGCAGGUUCAGGAUCACAUUCUCUGUGGGUACUUGCAACAUAUAUAAGUGGAGAGACGCCUUUCCCUGAGUUUACGGUUGUGGUGAUGUUGGAUGACAUUCAAGUGACUUACUAUGACUCCAACAUGAAACACUUCAUCUACAGGGUAAAUAACACCCCUAACAAAAUGCAUGAUAACGAAGCUCAGGACGGAGCUUAUGUAUUUGGAAUGAUGUUCAACAACAUGAAAGAGAGAUCAUUUAACCUAAAGCACCACUUCAACCUCACGGAAGGUGUUCAAGUUCAGCAAAGAAUGUCUGGCUGUGAGAUGUUGGACAAUGGUGAACCGGUCAUGUUCGUGGUAAAGGACACUUUCAAUGCCAUUUAUACAGAUCAAAUGGUAUGUUACAACAUGACACAUUUUAUAUAUGAUGCUGGGAAACUACUACGAGGAUGGGAUGGGAUGAGGCAAGCGUUUGAAAGAGUAUUAUUUGAGAAUGUUCAUCUUCCCAUUUGCAUCAGAACACUGAAGACAAACCUGAAGAGAGAGAAGACCUUUGCGAUGCGUAAAGUUCCUCCCAGACUCAGGUUGAUAAAGAAAGAGGUUUCUGGAGGGCUCAAGGUGAGCUGCCUGGCGUUUGGUUUCUACCCCCGCCACAUCAACAUGACCCUGCUGAGAGACGGCCAGCCAGUGGCAGAACAGGAUCUGACAGGGGGGGAGGUUCUGCCUAGUGGAGACGGGACCUACCAGCUGAGGAAGAGUCUGGAGGUCAGUACUGAGGAGCUAAAGAAGAGACACAACUACACCUGUACUGCCUCUCACCUCAGUCUGGACAACAAGCUGGAUGUCAGUUGGGAGUCUGGGGCAGAGAGAGUUCACCUAUCCACCUUCUCAGCUCUACUGGUGAUGCUGCUGAUUGUUAUUCUAUUGGGCAUUUUCAUUUGCGUUAGGAGGUGGAGAUACACUGCCUCACAGUCUAAAAUUGCCAACGUUGAUGCAAAAGUGUCAGAGGAAAUUAACCUUUCUUCAGAUUCUGAGACCUAAUACAUUUUUGGGACACUGAGGCAGCUUUGUCGAUUCAGCUCAAUUCACAAUGAAAAUAUGACUGCCAGAGCACCUAUGAGGGAAGACACAAAAUGUGUGAAUGAUUCUGUUAUGGUCAGUCAAUCUUCCCUUCCUCUCAAUAGAGAACUGUAAAGGAUCAGUUUGGGGAGACGUAACCACCAUCUGGGCAUUAGUCCAGAGCUGUCAUUUCCAAUCAUGACUAUUCAUUAAUUUCAGAAUGUUCUCUAUAUCUGUGCUGUAUCAGCUGAUAUCCAGUCUCUUACCCAGAAUGAGAAUCAUGUGAUCAUGUGUAUGAGGUCUGUUUAUUAUUGGAAUGUCUUUACAGUGUCUCUGUGUUGCAUUGCAUGUUGUGUUUGUUCAUCAUUACUGCACAAUAAUACCUUUAUUACAGACAGUAACAUGUAGCCUAAUCGAUUAAUGGAUUGAUUCAUGCCUACAUUUCCACUUCAAGGCUGGACCACAACAAUAAACAUAUGAUUUUGAAUAUAAGAUCUAGUUUAACUAUUAUUUUAUGAUGAACACUGAAUGGUAUAUCAAAAGGCUGCAAAGCCAGUGUCUCCAUUACACAUUUUAAAUAAGUAUCCUUCCAUGUUACCUUCUUCCUAAUGAACCCAGCUAGGUUUGAACCUAGGUUUCCUGCACACCACGAUACUGUGUUAGCCCUCUGAGACAAAUCCCACAACCCCUGACAACAUUCCUAAACUUGCUGCAAUUUUAGAUAUAAAAGAAACAUCUACAUCUUCUCUACAUUUCAUUACUGACAUAAAGGGCAUGUGCACAAUGACUGUGAUCCAAAUGGCACCCUAUAUAGUGCAUUAUGGGCCCUGGUUAAAAGUAGUGCAUUAUGUAGGGAAUAGGGUGCCAUUUGGGACAUAUCCGUAUUUACUGUGUAACGGCU